CCCCAAGCUGUCAAGCGUUGAAAGGAGAUUGUCUUGAAGAGAGAUUUGCAGCUUGUAUCGUGCGCUUAACUGGAUUCAUUCGCUGUUGUUGUUAUAUUGCUUCUUUUACCCUUUAUAAUACUUACAUCUUCUCACUGUCGCUCCAUCCGUCAAAGCAUUUACCAAAGAAACUACUCGCUCAAGCUCUUUCAUCACCAACACAAAACCACAACACAAACACAAGUCACCAUGCGCUUCAUCUCCGCUCUCCUGGCCGGCGCCCUCGCCGUCGUGGCCGCAGCCCAGACGACUGGCUCCCAGCCAAACCCCUUCACCAACACUGACUUCUCGGGUAUUACUGCUGGAAGCCCAAUCACCAUCACCUGGACGCCAACCACUGAGGGCACCGUGACACUGGAGCUCGUCCACAGCGACACCGGCAACAGCGAUGAUCUGAAGCCUGUUGCUACCAUUCAAGCCAGCAUCUCCAACUCCGGCUCUUACACCUGGACCCCUGACUCCUCCAUCGUCAACGGCAGCGGCUACGCACUCAAGAUUGUCGACGACGCCAACCCAGACGAAUAUAACUACACCCUCCAAUUCCCUAUCAAGACCGACACCGAGUCCGCCGCCCCAACCUCCGCCUCCUCCACUGCGGCACCAACCUCCACCGAGGAGUCAUCCACCUCUACCACUGAGGAGUCCACCACCACUGAGGAGUCCACCUCCACCGAGACCACCUCCACCGACGCGAGCUCAACCACCGACGCGAGCUCUACCGCCGACUCCACCACCACCUCGGCCCCAACCACCACCUCGCACACCGCUGCGACCUCCACCAGCCAGGGUGCUGCCGCGACUGGCGGCGCCAAGGUCGGCGCUGGCCUCAUGGGCUUCGUCGGUGCUGCUAUGCUUCUGUUGUAGAGCGUGGAUGCGUGAUAGCCUUGAUACCAAAAGUUCGGUAGAAGGGGGGGAGAGGAAGAGGAGGUUGUUUGUUGUAUUUCAUGGCGGCGGGUGGAGGAGGAUUUAAUGGGAUGUGAUGUGAGAAGGGGGUUUUAUUUCGUGGAUAUAGUUUUGUGUGUCGCUAUGCAUGGCGGUGUAUGUAGGCUUUGAUUUAUUCACAGCGGGAGUGGGAGCUUUAAUUCGGGGGGAGGGAAUACAAAGAUUUCACGUAAUAUGUUCCGCGUCUGUGUCUCGAUUGUUGGUUGGCGGUGAGUCCCCAGUGUGUUGUCUGUCAAUGUGAGCCAUCCAAUCUUUUGUCUGUCUGUCUGUUCAGUGUCUAUCCUAUUAUAUAUAUAAUAGAGAUUUUUGACGAGUGUCGUGUCGUUCGAUGCGGGGUUCGUCUGAUGUUUAUGCGUG